CAUUGUGAGGCAUAUUAUUCUUCAAUUGUUCGAUUAGAAGAACUUGUCGUUUAUUGCCCUUUCUCCAGUGCCGGCCUUGAAUCAUGGCUAUCAUUCCUGGGACCAUCUUUAAGGAACCUUGAACUCCGAAUGGACAACAUUGUUGAACAUCAAUCCUUGACCCAUUCCCCCAAAUGGGAUGCCUUUCUAAAACUCCAAGAACUUCAAAUAGUUGGAGCAAGAUUGGAGGAUACUGCAUUGUCGGAUGUGCUUUGUGCAUGUCCUAAUUUGAAAAGCCUGUUGCUACUUGGUUGUGAGGGGUUGAGAUCUGUUUCUAUUGAGCUCCCCCAUCUGAAGCAGUGUAAGCUUGAUUUUUAUGGCUUGGGUAAUUCUUUACUUUCUCUCACGGCUGCAAAGCUAGAAAUCCUUGAGGUACAAGGUUGUAGUUGGAUUAGGGUUCAUGAGACCCGAUGCUUGAGGAUUCUUUCCAUUUCCAACAACUCUGGGCGAGUUAACAUUGUGGAUUUUGGGAGACUUGUGGCUCUUGAGUCCUUGUCCAUUAGAGGGGUCCAGUGGUGUUGGGAUGCAAUAAGCAAAAUGCUUCAAAUGGCGAGCCAGGUGAAGCAUCUCUAUAUGAAGGUGGAAUUCACUGGGGAUUUUGAAGCCCUUCUACCCUUUCCAGAGAUUGAUUUCGUUGACUUCUUUAACUGCCAUCCAAAGCUGCAAAAGUUUGACGCCCAUGGUGCCAUGUUUGCUGCUCUUUGCCAGAAGAACAGCCUUAAAAAUGUGGAUUCAAAGUUUGUGAUUCCUUCACUGGAGGAAGUGGUGGUCACAGUGAGAUCACCAUUGAAUGCUGAGCAGAAAAUGAGUACUCUUGAGUCAUUGCUCAAGUAUGGAAAACAUCUAAAGAAGAUGAGAAUAAAGAUUCUUCAAAUGAAAAGCAGCCAUAGCAGUGCAGAUGAUUUCUUUGAGGAGAUUUGCUGGUUUAGACACACGAAUCGUAAGAUUGUUUCAAUUGAAUAACAACUCAUUGGGCAUUUUUUUCCCUGAUUCAUUAGCUUUCUAUUGUAAGUCACUCUGUUCUUCAGACUGGAGGAAGUUGUGCUUUUCUGUAUCAGACAUGAUCAUUCUUGGACAAUUUUUGUCAUAAAC